AGCCUUUCUCCUUCUCCUCUCUCCUCUUUCAAACCUCACCACCUCACUUCUCCCCAACUUCAAAAACUCAACCCCCCUUCUCUCUCUCUUCCCUCUCUCUCUCAAACAGGGUUUUAGUUCAGUACAGCACUUCAGCUUACAAAACUCAAACACUUCCAAUUCUCUCUUUUUACGCGGGAGACUCCAACUCUGGUUUAUAAUCCCUCUCAGGACGACGACAAAAUGAUCACACCGAGCUUCGUCGACGAGAUUGACUGCGGCAGCUUCUUCGACAACAUCGACGACCUCAUGGAGGACGUCGACUCCGUCCUCGGCCCCGCUCCUGACUGUAACUCCGCCUUCUCCCUCUGGCCCGCCGCCUCCUCCGCCGCCGCCGCUCCACUCCCACCUCCCGACGCCGCCGUCUUCUCCGGCAACGGUGACUCCGACUUCUCCUCCGAGCUCCCCGUUCCGUAUGAAGAGAUGGUGCAUUUGGAAUGGCUGUCCAACUUUGUUGAGAAUUCCGAAUACUCUGGCGGAGACCUCACCAUGAACAAGCAACAGGAGUCUUACUCCUUGGUCAACAAGGAGUCUUCCCACCAACAGUUCCAGACCUCCAGCCCCAUUUCUGUGCUUGACAGCAGCAGCUCCUGCUCGGGCGAGAAGAAUGUGCUUGAAGGAUCAAUUGCUCCUGGCAGGCGGGGACGUGCUAGAAGCAAGCGUCCUCGCCCUGCUACUUUCAAUCCUCGCUCUGCAAUUCAACUGAUUUCCCCUGCUUCCUCUGUCUCGGAGAUUGACAACCCUCUUCAGCAGCAUUCAUUGUUUGCUGCUCCCAAGGUGUUUUCGGAGUCUGAGAACUUUGCUGAGUCUCGUCCUGUGGUGAAGAUGCCGAAACUGGCUUCUGGGGAGCAGAAGAAGAAGAAAAGAAUCAAGUUGCCCCCUCAGGUUCCAGGGGAGCUGGACGAGAACUCUCCAUUGCAGGGAGCAAUUAGGAAGUGCUUGCAUUGUGAGAUUACCAAAACACCCCAGUGGAGGGCAGGCCCAAUGGGGCCAAAAACCCUAUGCAAUGCCUGUGGAGUGCGCUACAAGUCAGGCAGGCUCUUCCCUGAGUACCGUCCUGCAGCUAGUCCAACUUUUGUUCCAGCCUUGCACUCCAAUUCCCAUAAGAAGGUUCUCGAGAUGAGAACCAAGGGUGGCGAGAUGGUUUCUGUUCACGACAACAGCCUCCCAGAACUCAUUCCGAAUACUAACAGCAGCAUUUCGCUGGAUUACAUGUGAAGGGAGGAAAAGGCAAGACUUAGAGGAUAAUGUUGCUUAGUUUGGAGACUUCUCUCUCUCGUCCUCAGUUAUGUUAUUUGUCUUUCGUUGUCAUUUCAUUUCUUUGUUCAUUGGUUUUUUGUACAGGGAUGGGGGGAGAAUAGGAGCCAUAGAUGACCAUAUAUUUAGCUAGUAGAGGAGAGAGAGAGACCUGAAAACAAAAAAAAAGGGUUAGAAGGGAAAGAGAUGCAAGCUUAAUGGUAGAAGAGAAAGAGUCUUUAGGUUUAGUGAUGAUGAUGAUCGCGUAGUAGGUUCUUAAGGUUAUAUUAGGUGUUGUUGAGUCUAGUCUGUCUUUUCAAUUCUUUUUCCUUUUUCUUCCUUUGCAAGGGAAUUCUUUUUGCAGUUCAUUUGUAGUUGGUACAAUUCUGAAAUGAGUACCUGGAAUUUGAGAUUUCCUUUGCUCUU